AUGGCCAUUCCGACCAGUACAAAGGAAGACAAGGCUGCUAUGCCACCACCUUUGGCUCCCCUGAGUCGCACUCAAUCCAUUCGCACCCGACCAACACCUCAGCCUUCGUCGUCUACUACCGCUACCUCUACGAGGUCAGGAAUGGUCGCUCCCUCGCGAUCGCUGUCAACUCGAGCACCCACCUCUUCCAUAACCACCGCCCCGAAACCGCGCGUCGUGUCGCAUUCCCGAACAGCCAGUACCUCGACCCUCGUAGCGUCGAGCACUGGUGACUCGACCCUGAAGCGUUCUAGUACCAUCACUCCAUCCUCGAGACAUGUUCGGUCGCAGAGUUCGACAACCACAGGUCUCCAUUCUAGACUUGCUACUCCUUCCACACCAUCAACUCCAACCUCGACCAAGAGCAGCGCAGAGCCCGUCAAGCCUGCUAUCAGACGUCUGGUUCGACCAGGCAUUACGUCGAGUGUCCCCAAUCUCGAGCCCUCUACCUCGAGGCCGGCAUUCAACACACUGCAACAACACUACAGCCCUGCCAAAACGACUCUGCCCAAGCCGCCUGUACCCUCAUUACGAGCUGUGCCAUCUGCAGAAGAAAAGGCUGUCCAGUCGGGUGCCGUCUUUGAGACGACAAAACUACAAUCUGAACUAUUGUACCUUUCGAUACUGCACGAAUCAGCCGAGCCAAAUUUCCGAAGCUACGAGAAGAGUGCCAGGAAAGCACUUCAAGCAGAAUUCGAGGCAACACAAGAUGAGGUGGGACAAAUACGAGAGCAGGAGCAGAUAUUCCAAGAACAAGGGAAUCUGGCUGCUAUAGCAGAUUGGUUGGGUGUGCAGNGAGCCCAUGCAAGCCCCGAAGCGGCAGAAAUGAUACAAAGUCUGAGUGGCUGCUUCAACGAAGUCAUGGUGCUGUCUUCUCCAGAAAGCAAAUAUACGGCGCUCGUACAAAGCUUCUCGGAAUGGGCAGCCGAAGCCACUGAGCAGGACAGGGCGCAUAUCUUCUCAGGACCUCUGCCGCAAGACUGGCAUCACACGCAUGCUUCUAUCACACAACGGCUCCGACUAGUGGAGCGAGAGGUCGAGAUGCUGCCGUCGGCACUUCCACGGAUAGGUGAAGACGCAGAAUCAUCGUUGUCUGUCAUGCUCAAAUGCUUGAAGGACUUGGUCUUGGGCAUGAAAGAGGAGCUGGAAGCCAUGGUGCGGCUGGAGCAGCAGGUGGUGAGCACCGAGAAGCAGCGUGUGAGCAAUGCUGUGGCUGGACUAUCCAUGGAUGCUCUAUUGCAGAGCUCAGAAGAGUGGACGGCGGCUUGGUAG